UCUCCCCCAUGAUUCUCUCUUUUUUUUAUGCUCAUUCCAGUUCCUUCAAAACCCUGAAUUCCUUUUAUUUAAUUUGAGAUAUUUAUCCAUUUAAUUUAAACACAUCGAAAAAGAGCAAAAAAGGAAACCAUUCUGCACUUUGAUUUCACUUCCAUUUCUAGAGUUUUGUUUGUUCCAAAUAAUCAUAAGAAAACAAAGUUUUUGUUCUCAACUUUCUUCCUCUCUAGUAAGAAAGAUGAAACGAAAAGAAUAAAUUCACAAGGGCAAAAUUCCCAUUUCUUCUGAUUAUUUGUAUUCUUUUUGCUAAGAAAAAGAGAAUUUCUUGGUGGGUUUUGGGUUUUUCUCCAAUGGCUGCCGUUGUUGACAAUUCAGGUGAAGCAGUGGAUGCUGUUAAAAACAACGAUUUGGUCGUGGAAACAGCCAAAUCGGAAUCAAAGGAAUUCAAUGUGCAAAACCUUGUUGAUAUGUUCACAAAGUUGAAUCCUUUGGCCAAAGAAUUUUUCCCAUCAUCUUAUUAUCAUGAUCAGACCCAAAAAACAGAUGAUUUGGAUCAGAUUCCAGUUAACAAUCAAUCAGCUGGGGAUGAGAAUUUCUCCAACAAAAGGGGUAAAAGUAACUUCAACCAGGGUAGAAGAAGGCUUAAUGGUAGAGCUUUUCAAGCUCAAAGAGAUGAUGGCAUCAGGCGAACAGUAUAUGUUUCUGAUAUUGAUCUGACUAUUACUGAAGAGCAACUUGCUGGCUUAUUUAGUAAUUGUGGACAAGUUGUUGAUUGCCGAGUUUGUGGUGAUCCGCAUUCAGUUCUUCGCUUUGCAUUUGUGGAAUUUGCGAAUGAAGAUGGUGCAAGAGCUGCUUUGAACAUUGAUGGGACAAUGCUCGGGUUUUAUCCCAUUAGGGUCUUGCCAUCAAAAACUGCUAUCCUUCCUGUGAACCCUACAUUUCUCCCUAGGUCAGAAGAUGAAAGGGAAAUGUGUACCAGGACAGUUUAUUGUACAAAUAUUGACAAGAAGGUUUCUCAAGCUGAAGUGAAGAAUUUCUUCGAAUCAACCUGUGGUGAGGUCACUCGCUUGAGGCUUUUAGGGGAUCAAGUCCAUUCAACUCGUAUAGCUUUUGUCGAAUUUGCCAUGGCGGAAAGUGCCAUACUUGCACUGAAUUGUAGUGGGAUGGUGCUAGGAACUCAGCCUAUCAGGGUAAGUCCUUCAAAGACACCGGUGAGGCCGCAAGUUAUGUGUCCGACAUUGCAUUAACUGAUUAAGCGAGCCUGGUGACUUCCAAACGGUGAGAAACUUUGUUGUGUUGAAGGGAUGUUGAAACUUUUUAUCUGUUGCAAUAUUUAAUUUCAUCUUUGAACAUGCUUUGGAUUGAAGCGACUUUGAGGGAAAUAUAUAUUUUUUUCUUUCUUUUUA